ACCACAUCUUUCAAUUCUUGUUUGCUUCUCACAAAGAUGAAAGUUUCUCUAGAAAGGAAUUCGUGACUGUAAUCUUUACCAAUAUAAUUUAUCGAAUGCACAUACCUGCUGGCUGGAUUCGACGGUCACACAUUGAAUUCUUUUAUCUUCACCAAGUGAAGGAUCAUCUACAAAUCUUUCUCGUCGAUACGUUGAAGAUUGACUUGGCUGGAAUAAGGGUGAUAGAGUAUUAAUUCUAGAGAGAAGUGAGAGCUAGAGAGAGAAAGUGAGUAAUUAUAUUUCUCAACCUGGAACCCCCUAUAAUUAGCCCCUUGGGGUCUAUUUAUAGGUAAAAAUGUGGAUUUGGGCCCCUAGCCUUGGGCUUAGGAGGCCCAUUACAAUAAUCAUGCCUUCUUUUGGCGAAAUAAGGCCACUAAUGGGCUGUGUACAAUACUUAGAAAAUACAGUGAAAAAUACAUUCUGCCUGGACGAAGUCCGGACGAUGCGGUCCAUGGACGAUGCGGUCCAUGGACGAUGCGGUCCAUGGACGAUGCGGUCCAUGGACGAUGCGGUCCAUGGACGAUGCGGAUCCUGGGUCUUGCCCAAGGAUCUAGGCGACAUCUUCUUUCUUGGACGUUGCUUGCCUUUGGCCGAUGCGGGUGUCCUGCUGGUGUCUUUUGGGCCGUCGAGUAUGUGGGCCAUGGGGUCCUGGCCCAUAUACUCUAUCAGGAGUCCCCCAAUCUCUGAGCUGAGGUGAAGCCGAAGCGAAAGGGAGUACUUGUUCUUUUCGGGCUGGCCGCUGCGUGAGCCCAAGGUGCUUGAUGGCCGAAGAGUUUCUGCUUCGAUUUUGGAUGAAGCGGUUCCCUUACAUGAUGUGGAUGAAGCGCGCUUGGGAAUUCAUAGCCUUGAUGCGGGCCGAUGCACUCUCUGUGGAAGUGCUUUUGAAGACGAGGCAAUGCGCUUUCUUUCUUGUAGAUGAUGUGAUGAAUUCCGGUGUGGAUGAGUUGGCAUGCUUUUAUUGUCGUCUUGUUGGGGUCGAAGAGCUCCCAUCUGUCUUUUUGGCCGUAGCGAUGACAUAUCUUCAUGAGAUGAAGAUGGUUGAUUCCGUUUAUGUAGACGAUGCGAUGCACGCCUUUGAUUUUUCCACGUAGCCGAAGCGUUUGACUUGUGGUCUUUUGCUUUGGUGAGCCGACGCAGUCCCCCAGUGUACGUAGCCGUUGCGCGCUAGAUUUUGCAUUUUGGGUUUCUAAUUUCUGGCCUCUGUAGCCGAUGCGAUCCUUAGUGCUUAUUGAGGGAGGUUGUGCUUUUUGUUAUUGGCGAGCCGUAGCGCCCCCUUUUUGCAUUAAGGCCGUUGCGUUUUCUUUCCUCGUAGCCGAUACAGUCCCCCAGUCCCCCACUCCGUUGGCCGAAGAGUAUCUGAGGCACAAGGGAGUAAUGAGCCGAUUCGGUACCUAUGCGUCAGUCGUGAUUCCAACCCUUAGGCGAACCUGUCCAAGGUAACCCUGUGGGAGAACCCUUGGACGAAGGCCGCAAUGCCAGGGUUAUCAUCGACGAUGUGCGCACAAGCGGCCGUAGCGGUCUAUUAAGGUUCCUUUGAUUGUUGUGAGGAUGUUGAGUUUAGGCCGAUGCGUUCCCUUUUCGGGAAAAUGGGCCGAUGCUUGUUCUGGAGCUUUGUAGUAAUUGGGCCGUAGCGGUACUCGGCCGCUGCCUUGCUCUUUGUGGGGUUGAGUUGGGCCGUAGGGGCGUUUGCAUGAGUGAUUUUGAGUUGGUACCCCCUUGAUUGGUUGGGGGAGAGGUGGCCGUUGGUGGAGCCAAUGGGAUGGCGCCACUUGUAGUGACCGUUGGAAGUUUUCUAUAAAUACCCCCUCAUUCCGAAGCCACCUCCUCAUUUGUGCCUUGUUGUUGUCGAAUUGCUGCCCAAGUUUUUCUAGAGAGAGAAAGUUCUGAGAUUUUUCAAGUGUUCAUCACAUCCUUCAAAUCUUCCAAGGUUAGCUACUUUACUUUUCCUUUGUUUCCUUCAUAUUUUGCUCCUUAUGGUGUUAGAUCUAGUGUUCGUAGGAAAGUCACUUUGAUCCGAUAAACCACCCUUAGGGAUAGGUUUAGGUGUUAUGCCGUUCCCUGACGGCCGUAGCGUCCCUUCCCCUAUUGAUUUGACAGCCUCUCUGGACGAAUCGGACUGGCCUUUUGACGAGGACGACGCGUCUCCUCAAGUGGAUUUGAACAUCGUGGCGGCUUUUGAGAUUGAGAUGGAGAAUACUGCGGAUUACCGCACCUCCGUGGACGAGGAGCGUCUAAGUGCCGAUGUGGGCUCUCAACCCUCUGGUGAGGACGAAGCGAGCUCCGAGCCCAGGCUUCGCGAAGAUAAUGUGGGUGAUGCUUCAUCGGCCGCCAUCCCCUGUCCACCACCAAUUUCCUCCGUUCCGGGCGGCGCGUCGUCAUCUGGGGUGGUGAAAAGACGUACAUCGCGUCGGCGGAAAGGUGUAUCCGGGGGGCUUUCUCAAUUGGAUCUGACGAACCUUUAUAUUAUAAGGCCUGAGAGCACCCCAAGCGAAUACCAGGUGGCGCAGUUGUACGUCGGCCCUUAUGGAAAGGUGAGGGCGCCGAAGCCGACGGACCAUGUUUUGGACCCACCCCCUGGAUAUUUCGGGGUGUAUCCAAUGAGUUUUUCCCAAGGCUUGAGGUUUCCGUUGCCUCCUUUUGUGGUCCAAUAUCUGAAGAUGCUGGACCUUCCCCCGGCUCUACUAACGCCGAACAGCUACUCCAUCAUCGUCGGGUUCCUUAUCCGGUGUGAUGAGCUUAGGAUUGAGCCCACGACGGCAUUGUUUAUGAAUUUGUACCGGAUCGGCCGGGGGAGCCACGAGAACUGUGCUGGCUACGCGGCGCUUCAGCAGUUGCCGAAGAAGAGGUCCUUCAUAGAUCUCCCUUCGUCCAUCCACGGUUGGAAGAGCAAAUUCUGCUUUGUGAAGUUGGCCGACGGGGUCUUCUUCCCCUCUCAAGGCCAUAAUGGCCUUUUUAACUUGCACACUCCGCCGAAGAGCGCUGAGAUCGAUGCUCAAGUGGAGGCGUUCCUGAAGGGUGGGCCGCGGAGCGUCAACACCUAUAUUACUGAGUUCAAGAUUGCGGCCCUUGGGAUGAUGCGCUACUUCAUACCAGGCGAUCCUGAUUGUGGUUUGUGGCCGAAGAUGUCUGGUUAUUUUGAGCAGGCCGAUGGGCCACCUAUUGGGAUCCCGGCCGAGGCCGAAGGUUUUGAGAUGAGUCGCAAGCUUUUCAUGGCUCAGGCCAAGAAAAUGGUUGCCAAAGAGAUGGAGGCCGCUCAACAGGCUGAAGCGUCUAAGGGUUCGGGCGACGGCUCGAAAUCCCAGGCCGAAGCGGCGAAAAAGCCAGUAGUGAAGCGGAAGAAGAAACCCGAUGAAGGCCAGCGCACCUUGGCUGAGACGGGUCUGGUGCCGAGCCAGGCUGCCAAGAAGACGAGACGAGACCCUGCUCCUGGUGGUGCUGCUGCGGCCGCUGAGCACGCUGCGGCGCAAGGGGACCAUGCGUCUGAGAUUCCGGUGAUUGAAGACCUGACGCUGGACGUUGCGUCAUCGGCCCUUGCUCCCACUCAAUCCGGCGCUGUCGCCAAGGAGAGUACCCGCACCGGUCGUGAUGUGGCCGCGGGCCUGUAUGAGGUGACGGUCCGGUACCCGACGAAGGGCGGGCUCUUCAAUGAGAAGGUGUCUGGGCAUGACGUCCUGUUCCAGGCUAUCCCAGAUGAGGAUAGGGCGUAUUUACGCCGGCAAGGCAGGGAAGUGCGCCUCUUUGAUGGCGGUUUGGACUUCGUCGUCCAAGGUGCCUUCAUGCUGAUGGAGCAGCAGCGUCGGCAAGAAGAAGAGUUUGCUCGCCUGAGGGAGGCUGAGAAAAAGGUUGCCUCUGCUGACGAGGCGUUGGCUUCCCUGGAGCUUCUCCGAUCCGAGGUCAGCUCCCUUAAGGAAAUGGCUGAUGCGGCUGAAGCACGAGCCGCUGCAGCUGAGGCCAAGUUGGAGGAGGAGGCCGCAGCCCGCCGGUUGGCAGAAGAGAAGGCGAAGAAGGCCGAGGAGCUGAAGGCCGAAGCGGAGAGGGCUGCUGAGAAGGCUGUUGAUUUGUUCAUGGCCGAGGGGUGGAAGGACGAGUCCCGGCGUGAUUGGAGUUUUAACGUCGUGGCGGAGCGCUUUGAGGCGUGGUCGCAGGAGGAAGCCGGUCGGGCCUGCCUGAAAUAGGAGUUUGAAGUCUGGUAUGACCUCGGCCAGAGGCGUAUGCAGAUGUUGGUCUAUCGCCGCCUCCGCCGUCGCGUGAAAAACUUGAAACCCAGGGGUAUCGGCCUCCCCCGGCUGAUGAAGGACCCUGAGGAGGAGUUGAAACUCCCACUGUCCGAAAGGCAACUCCCCAUCCUGAGCUCGGACGAGGAGGACGGGCCCUGGACCGAGAGUGAUGACUACCUCUUCCGGAGCUCGGCCAAGUCGAAGACCACUGAGGACGUCGAGGACGAUGCCGAUAGUGGAGCCGUUGAAGGUGGCCAAGGCCAGGAAGCUUGAUGCCCUUGUACCUUUUCUUUCUUUGGUUUUAGUAGCUGUAGUUAUGAUGGCCGAUGCGCCCUGAUUUUUGUAACGGCCGAAGCGCCCUCCUUGGAUAUUUUGAAUCAUCAAUUAAUGACAACUCUUUUUUUUUGUUCCAA